AUGCCUCACCAGAUGAUGGGAUCACGAUCUAGAUCUUACGCAGGCACAUCGAGCCAACAACAGUCAUCACUGGAACAGACUGUGGGCGAGAUGAAACGACUUCGGUCUACACGCAAUGAACGCGCUCUUUCCACGACGUUCCGAAAGGCCCGUGAAUCCCGAAUCCUCUAUGACGGAGCUGGUGUGCGACCAGGUUCUGAAGGAGCUGAAGGUCACGAUCACCGAAACCCGGGUGGCUUUGAGAUCGUUCAGGAGAAAGAUCUUGAUGGCCGCAUGAAAUCGGAACUUACAUUUAAUAAUCAAGAGGGCCUGACCCUGGAUGAUAUUCCACGGAUUGUUGCCGCAGAGCAGGCAAAAGAACAACGGCCGAACGCUUUCCGUCAUGCAGGCACCAACCUGAUUGGUCACCGGGGCAAUGAACCUCGACUGGUCAAUGGCCAUCAGCGAAACUCAUCUGGUGGUGGUGCUGAUCUCCUGGCUGGUGAACAUCCCCUCAGAACCAAAAGAUACUUCUCGGAACUAUCCGCACUCGAGUAUUUUAUUGUCCGACAUGUGGCAGUCCUUUCGAUGCAGCCGUUGCUGGAUGGGGAAUACACCCUCGAGGAUUUACUGGGUCUGAUCGAGCAGCGAAAGCAGACAUUCUGGGGUAAAGUCAGUCGUGCACUCCGUGGUGAUGCUGGUGUCAAGAAGAAAGGCACUUUUGGCGUCCCCUUGGAGGUACUGGUUGAGCGUGAGGGAGCAGAAUCAACCAACGGAGUCGGACCUGGCGCUCUCACAGUUCCAGCAAUUGUGGAUGACUGUGUAUCAGCCAUGAAACAGAUGGAUAUGUCGGUUGAAGGCGUCUUCCGAAAGAAUGGCAACAUCAAACGCCUCAAAGAGACGGCAGAAGCGAUUGAUGCAAAUCAGACCCCCGACCUCAACCGAGAAAACCCGGUACAGGUUGCCGCACUGCUCAAGAAGUUCCUGAGAGAGAUGCCCGAGCCGUUACUGACAUACAAGUUACAAAAGCUGUUCAUCACUUCUCAAAAGAUAGUGGACGACGAACGCCGAAGGAGGGUUCUGCAUCUCACAUGCUGUCUUAUGCCAAAGAGUCACCGCGAUACUAUGGAAGUGCUAUUCUCAUUCCUGAAAUGGGCAGCCUCUUUCUCUCAAGUUGAUGAGGAGUCUGGCAGCAAAAUGGACAUCCACAACUUGGCUACCGUCAUGGCCCCAAAUAUCUUGUACGCGAAAGAGAAGGCACCAGGCGCGAGGCAGCCUCAAGUGCCUCAGGUUGAUGAAAGCUUCCUCGCCAUUGAAGCCGUCAACACCCUGAUCGAAUAUAAUGAUCUGUUCUGUCAGGUGCCCGAGGAUCUACAGUCCAUCUUGACCGACACGAAUCUUCAUGGCGUAUCUGCAGAACUUACAACUAAGGAGAUAUUGUCCCGAUACGGCCAUAUUGCUAAGGGCCAGGUGCAGAGACAGACAGUUGCGGCACCAGAUGCACCAGUCCGCAGCCCCGUAUCGGCUUCGAAUUCGCUUGGACCUGUCGCCACGAGGGUGGAUGUCGACCCAUACCAGGCCACUGCGUGGCAGAAGCAAAGUUCUGUCAGGCCUGUACAGAACAUGGCUUCAGCGACAUCGACACCGGCACAUGAGUUCAACUUCGGCGUCCCCAACAGCCCCUAUGCUCGAGACCGCGCAGGAAGUGCUGAUAGCAGCGGAAGUCGUGGAGGUGGACCAGGUGGAAGACAAAGCUACCAGCCGAGACCGGGGCAAAUGGGGGUCACAGGUUGA